GAGCAAAGAAAAUCUAUCUUGCGUGCAAUUAAAAGCGGAAGUAUAGCAUUCUCCGAAUAUGCUAAUGGUCAAAGCCCCGGAAUGUCACUUGUUCUCCAAAAGCCAUUCUCACGAGGAUCAGUCCUAAUCAGCUCGACAGAUCCAUUUGCCGACCCUGUCGUCGACUUUGGUGUAUAUACGAAUCCGGUUGACGUCGAAAUUGUCGUGGACAUGUUCAAAUCCUGGCGUAAACUUCUGACAAUGCCAUCCUGGGUGACAUUAGGAGCAACAGAAACGUCCCCAGGCAAUAAUGUAACGACCAAUGACGAAAUACUCGCUUAUAUCAGGUCGACCACGCUUCCAACCAUUGCACACGCUUGCGGUACUGCUGCUAUGUUGCCAAGGCAUCUCGGAGGGGUGGUAGAUCCCGAGUUAAAGGUAUACGGAGUGAAUAAUUUGCGCAUCGUGGACGCCUCUAUCAUGCCUAUCGUCCCUUCUUCGCCAUUGACAUCGACAGUAUAUGCUGUUUCGGAAAAGGUUGCAGAUAUCAUCAAAGCACCGUCUAUAUUCUCAUGGAGAGUGUAUAAGAGCCGAGAAGAGUGCGUGAUAGUCAACAGAAUUGGUGAAGGAGAGCCGGGCAACCUUGCGCCCGCCUAUACGACAAGCGGAGCUUCGAAUAUAUACAAACAGAUUGCGCCUGGGGACGGUCGAAGAGUCCCAAAGCCAAGGGUCAUUCAGGCUCCCGCAUAUGGGGCACAUCUCGUAGGAAGAGAUGUAGAAUUACAGGAAAAGUAUGACUUUGUAAUUGUUGGAGGUGGUACUUCUGGCUUGGUCGUUGCGAACCGCUUGACCGAGGGGUCGAACAUGGAGAGCUCGACCAAGGAGAAGAAUCCGUAUACAUUCCAUUCUUAG